AUGAGUCCCUUCGUUCGCACCCGUGCACCCGAACUCGAACAACAAUACGGGCUUUCCUCCUCGAAGUUACUCGCAUUUAUCGACGGCCUCAAUGAAGCUUUCAUGGCGAAUCCAGCCUUACAGGUCACAAACACCAUCGGAACCAUAGUGGGUUUCGUUCCGCUGCAAUCUACUCAAAUCGUUUGCGCCAGCCUCAACGCUGCCGCAGGCCUAGGAACUGCCGGUGUGUCCAUCGUCCGGACAAAGCGGUACAUGAAGAAGGCAAACGAGACUAUCUUCAGACCAAAAGGUCUGCACGCUCAAAUUUGCAAGACGGAGAAGAUGCUUGUUCAGAUCGGAAUGGGGUGUGAUGCUGCUGUUUUCGCGAAGAGCCAGUUUCAGGCUAUGCUUAGCAGUGCACAGGCAAAUGAGCCUAGUCAGAACGCGAUUGCGAGAAGGAUGGGGGCUCUUGGUGAUCGGGUCAUGCCGUUGUCCUUUGAGGACAUCGAGGCUCCAGUGGCUCCAGAUAACUGGGCAAAAAAGAUCGGGUCGUUCGCCGCUCAGCGUGCUGAGAAGAAACAACUCGAGAAGCUUGAGAAGCAACAAGCCAAGGCGGUUGAGAAAGCGGAAAGGGCCGAGAGAAAAAUUGCCAGGGCUGAGCGGAAGCAUAACAGCGCCGACGAGGAGAUGGAUGAACUCAUGAAAGAAAUGGAAGACGUUCAGUACCAGAUGCAAUGUCUGGAUCCCAAUCAUCGGCGUUAUGGGAAGCACCUGAGAGAGCUUCAGGGAGAUUACCGGGAACUUGAGCGAAAUUUCAAUAAAUUUGACAAGAAGAGGAGGUCCCCGCAAGCCGAACAGAUCGACAAACAUGGUCGGCAGCGGGAUAAAAAGACCACGAAGCGAGAACGGAAGGAGGCAAAGAAGAUCAAUAAGAUCUAUUGGAUCCUUAUCACCGCCGAAGACGAUAGUCAGUUAGGUGAUGACGACUGGGCCUCAGAUGAGUUGUCUGAGAAGUAG